GUGUGACUCGGUUAGCAGACGUUUGUCUCAACGACCCCGUCAGCAUCCACGUGUCUGGCCCCGCCUCCUCCGACCUCACUGCCUCCAGCUCCGCCCUGACCUCUGACCCUGCUACAGCCAGCCAAUCAGAGAGCUUCGCUGUGCCGGAGGCUCUGCAGCAGUUUGUGGUGGUGGUUCCCAGUAAGAUCCGACUGGUCUGUCUGGCUGCCUUCAUCCUCGGCAAAUGCAAGUUUUCUCAGAACAACAAGCUGAUCGUGUUCGUGUCGAGCUGCGAGGCCGUCGAAUUCCUCCACUCACUCUUCACCUCCGUCCUCUGCGGCUCCUCCACCAAUCAGAAGCCUCGGCUCAGCUUCCUGCGUCUCCACGGCAACAUGAAGCAGGAGGAGCGCUCGGAGGUCUUCCAGCAGCUGUCGGUGUCUCAGAGCGGCGUCCUGCUGUGCACGGACGUAGCCGCCAGAGGUCUGGACCUGCCUCAGGUCACCUGGAUCGUUCAGUACACUCCUCCGACGAUGGCGGCAGAGUACGUCCAUCGUGUGGGUCGCACGGCUCGUAUCGGUGGAAGAGGAAGCAGCCUCCUCUUCCUCACCCCUGCUGAGACCGCCUUCAUCACUGAGCUGGCCAAUCACAACAUCAGCCUAUCAGAGAUGAAGCUGCAGGACAUCCUAUCCAAUCUGAUGAUGGACGACACCUACAAGGGGCGGGGCAAAUACUACAGCGAGGUGAGACGCCGGCGUCCUCUCAGACUGGACGGCUGAAUAAAAAAACAAUAAUAAACUUUAUUUAUACAGCAGCUUUAUACAAGAGCUGCAG